UGCACAUGUGACCUUGUGCGAAACGUCAAAAUGGCUCGGUAACCAAGAAAAAGAUAAACACUUCGAAAGUGGGCAUUUAUUUGCGCGAUAGUGAAUUUGUGAUAACAUUUCUGAAUGAAACACCGAAAAUGAGCAGCGAGGAAAACAUCCCCGAGGCGAAAACCGAGAAUCAACAACCGGAAAGCGACGUUGAAAACAGUUCAAAGCAAUCUUUUCGUAAAAAAGUGUGGGAAUAUCUCGAAAAGAAUAAAUUGGUCAAUUUCCCUCGACCCGUCUUCGGGCGUAUUCCUAAUUUCAAGGGGGCCGAAAAAGCGGCGACUAAGCUUCUGGAGCUCGAAGAGUUCAAAACCGCCAAAUCCGUCGAGGUGAACCCCGACAAGCCUCUGGAGGCGUCGAGGGCCCUCGUCGUCGAGAACGACAAGAUUCUUUAUGUGCCUGUCCCGCAGCUUCAGGAGGGACUUUUGAAAAAACUGUCGUUUUGCAACGACGACAAGCCCAAGAACAUCAAACAGACUGUGACUAGAUGGGGGAUAGAAACCCUGGGGAAAAACGUAGAGUUCGGGGAUGAGUUAAGCAUCGACUUGCUCGUGUUAGGGAGCGUGGCGGUGUCAAGGGAUGGCCGCAGGAUCGGCAAAGGUAAAGGAUUCGCCGAUCUGGAGUAUGCCGUUCUUAAGGAAAUGAAAGCUGUCGACGACAACACGACAAUCGUGACGACAGUUCAUGACGCACAAGUCUUUGAUACUCUUCCAAAUGACAUUUUUCAAAAACAUGACGUGCCUAUUGAUUAUAUUUUGACGCCAACACAAAUCAUUAAAAUCGAGAAAAAACUGCCAAGACCAGAGGGGAUCUAUUGGGAUUUGCUUUCUCAAAGGCAAUUGAACGAAAUGCCGAUUUUACAAAAAAUUAGAGACGCUCAAUCCAGUGAGGGUAAAGAUAUCGCUUUGAAAGAGGUCGAUACCGACGCCGAAACCGAAGACAAACGGCGAUUGCCGAAGAUAAAGCGGUAUCCUCCACCUAGACCAAAAUCCGAGAGAAUAGUGCCAGAAGACGCGAUUACAGAUAGUACCAACAAUACGAAACCGCGGAGAAGACGUUUCUUUAAAAGAUCUAGAUCGGCGCAAGUGACGAAAGAAAACGAAGAUCCCGGCAACAAAGAAAACGACGUCUCGCAAACGCUGAAAAAGAGGCCCAGGACUUUCCGUCGUAAUUCGCGUCGAUUGCAAGUUGAUUUUUCUCUAGUCGUGAGCAACAUCGACAAGAACGUGCGCGUGCGUCACUUGAAAGACGCCCUAAUCGACCACGGGAUUAAGCCUAAUAACAUCACAUGGCGCGGAUACAAGGGGUUCUGUUAUUUGCACUACGUCAAACCGGUGAGUAAAGAGGUGGAAGAGAAACCGUUCGCCGUCGACAACGUGAUCGAGAUACUCCAGACGCUGAAGCUGAAUUCCGAAUCCUCGAACAAUCUGAGCGUUAAAGUUAUGGAACCGAUCACUCGAAUCGAGACGACCGACGUAACUGCCGUUUAAGAUCGAGCGAUUCGUCUUCUCUGGCUUCCAUUACUUGCCUUAGUAGUACUUUGCCUUUUUUAGUGUUAUUCAGAGUUUGCCAUUGAGUACAAGUUUUCAGUUCCUGUAUUGUGUAAAAAGGUGAUCUUUAGAAGACUAAUUUUUUAUAAAUGGGCUUUAAUGUUUGAUGUAACCUAUUUGUAAUUUGUUGGAGAAUAUAAUUUUUUUCCAGUUA